CAUUCACACACUCACACACUCAGUGCCAACCCGGCUACGAGGUUGGGCCUGCGGUGCCCUGCUGCAACCCAGGACUAAAAAGACACCAUGGAGCUGGAGAACAUCGUGGCCAACACCGUGCUGCUGAAGGCGAGAGAAGGAGGGGGUGGAAACCGAAAAGGCAAGAGCAAGAAGUGGAAACAGAUGCUUCAGUUCCCUCACAUUAGCCUGUGCGAGGAGCUCCGCCAAACUAUAGAAAAAGACUACAACAGCCUGUGCGAGAGGCAGCCGAUCGGGCGCACGCUCUUCCGCCAGUUCUGCGACACCCGACCGGAGCUGAGGCGCUGCGUCAAGUUUCUGGAUGCUGUGGCGGAGUAUGAAGUAACCCCAGACGAAAAGAGGAAGGUGUGCGGACAGGAGCUCCUCGAAAAGUAUUUAAAUCCAAAGUCAGAGGACCACGUCCCCGAGGUGGCGGAGGAGAUGGUGUCUAAAUGCGCCGAGUGCCUGGAACAGGAGGCGUGUAAAGAGCUUUUCAUGGAGUGCACCAAACUGAUCCAUGACUACCUGAGCGUGGCCCCUUUCGCCGACUACCUCGACAGCAUCUUCUUCAACCGCUUCCUACAGUGGAAAUGGCUCGAGAGACAGCCAGUUACAAAAAACACAUUCCGACAGUACAGGGUAUUGGGAAAGGGCGGGUUCGGCGAGGUCUGCGCGUGCCAGGUGCGGGCGACGGGGAAGAUGUACGCCUGUAAGAAGCUAGAAAAGAAACGGAUCAAAAAGAGGAAGGGCGAGUCCAUGGCCCUGAACGAGAAGCAGAUUCUCGAAAAAGUCAACAGUCGGUUCGUCGUGAGUCUGGCGUACGCCUACGAGACGAAAGACGCGCUGUGCUUGGUUCUCACACUGAUGAACGGAGGAGAUCUGAAGUUUCACAUCUACCACAUGGGGGAGGCGGGGUUCGACGAGAAGAGAGCGGUGUUCUACGCCGCUGAGAUCUGCUGCGGCCUGGAGGACCUGCACAGAGAGAGGAUAGUCUACAGGGAUUUGAAACCGGAAAACAUACUGCUGGAUGACCAUGGUCACAUACGCAUAUCAGACCUGGGCCUGGCCGUGCACGUACCCGAGGGCCAGACGAUCAAAGGGCGUGUAGGCACUGUGGGGUACAUGGCCCCCGAGGUGGUGAAGAACGAGCGAUACACGUUCAGUCCGGACUGGUGGGCUCUGGGAUGUCUGCUGUACGAGAUGAUCGAGGGCCAGUCACCCUUCCAGCAGCGUAAAAAGAAAAUCAAGCGCGAGGAGGUGGAGCGACUCGUCAAAGAGGUGGCCGAGGAGUACUCCAGCAAGUUCUCGGAGGAAGCCAAGUCCCUCUGCGAAAUGCUUCUGGCCAAAGACCCCAACGAGAGGCUCGGCUGUCAGGGAGGCGCCUCGGAGGUGAAGGCUCACCCCAUCUUCCGCUCCAUCAACUUCAAACGACUGGAAGCCGGCAUGCUGGAAGCCCCUUUUAUCCCUGAUCCUCAGGCCAUCUACUGUAAGGACGUGCUGGACAUCGAGCAGUUCUCCACUGUGAAGGGGGUGGAGCUCGAGCCCAAAGAUGACUCCUUCUACAGCAAAGUGUCCACAGGCAGUGUCUCCAUCCCCUGGCAAAACGAGAUGAUCGAGUCGGAGUGUUUUAAAGAACUGAACGUGUUGAGCCUGGACGGCUCCGUGCCCCCGGACCUGGACUGGAGAGGACAGCCGUCUCCUCCGCCCAAACAGGGCCUGCUGCAGAGACUCUUCGGGAGACAGGACUGCUGUGGGAACUGCAGCGACAGCGAUGAGGAGCCUACGAGGCUCUGAGGGCGUGGCCAGGCCCCAAGGCUCCUCCCCCCUGCCACCGGAGGAUCUCAUUUUGUUUACAACUUUUGCACAUUUGUAUUUUUAGGAUAGCUCUAUAUAAACAUUGGAAUGUAUAUUUUCACUAUAUAGCCAUGCGGUCGAUGUUAAUUAAAGUCAACGAAACGGGGUGGGGGGAGGGGGGGGGGGAUCGUCUGGAUCAGCGUCCGUCAUUACGGCAGAGUAUUUCAGAAACAGCGUUCAUCGACACGAAGGCUGACCGACCCACACAGCCCUGUCCCGUCUAAUCAGCCUGCCACCGCCUCCUCGCGCCUUUUCUUCCUUCUUCUCCUUCUUCUUCUUCUUCUUCUUCUUGUUUUUUAAUUGUUUAUUAUGUUUCGGUUUUUAUUUUUUCUUCGACUAAACCACAUACUUGUACAGUGUUUGCUCAGCCAAAUUCUUUCCAAUAAGUGAGAAAGAAAGAAAUUAUGUUCACAGAUAUUUUUAUAUUUAUAUAUGUUUUAUGAUUAUUUUAUUUUAUUUUUUAUUAUGAUUUUUUUUUUUUUUUUUUUUUUUCCCUUGUGGUAAUCUCGACAAUCAAAUGACCAUUUGUACAAAAGUUUUCACAUGUGGGGGUUCGAAAGAAAAAAAAAUACAACAACAACAAACCACACCGACACGAAGUGACUGAAGAACACGGACGCCUUCUCUUCUCAUUCGGGCACACGAUCCAAACAUUUCUAUCCGGGGUCUCGGACGUACAGCGCGUGUGUGCGUGUGCGUGCGUGUGUGUGUGCGUGCGUGUGUGUGUGUGUGUUAUCGAUUAAUAGAGACACCUAGUAAACCAAAUAGGCGUAAUUUCCAAGUAUUCGUCCACUCAAAAGCGUGUUACGUUGUAAAUACACGACACUUAUCUGUAAAGCCCUCAGUGUGUCUUCCUGCUGAUUUCUCUCCGGAUAUUUUGAGAAAUGAUCAUAAUUAGUGUUGUAGGUGGUCAGUAUGUUGCAUGGCGAGUCUAUGCAUAAACCAUCUAAAUGCAUAAACCAUAACGCGUUUAUAACUCGGCGUUCGUUACGUAGUCCGACUAUUCGUAACUUUUGCGUUAUCAUAACUCGUAACUCAUCCUACAGUGCAUCGUCGUCGUCAUUUCGUGCAUAUGAGUAGAUUUAUUAUGCAUAACGUCAUAGGGUUAUUGCUGCUUUCCCAAAAUUUGGGUCAUGAAUUUUUCUGAAAUGAAAACCACUAUAUAUAUA